GCCGUACCGCCGGGCACGGCCUCGGCCUUGGCGGCGGCGGCCUUCGCAGCAGGAGGAGCAGGAUGAAGCGCAGGGCGCCUCGCAGCACUUUGCGGAAAAUAAUAAAGAAGCACAAGCCGCAUUUGCGCUUGGCGGCUAACGCUGACCUCCUGGUCCAUUUGAGCUUCUUACUAUUUCUCCAUCGACUAGCAGAAGAAGCCAGGACAAAUGCUUUUGAGAGCAAAAGCAAAAUAAUUAAACCUGAGCAUGCUAUAGCUGCAGCAAAGGUUAUUUUAAAGAAAAGCAAAGGCUAAAAACAGACCACUGGAAUUUCAAAGCAUGUUUUUCUCAGCAUUCUUACUAAAGUGAGAUCCUGUGAGCCAGCUUUUGCACUUGUGGAAGUAUUUAGUCUUAUCGAUGUCUGUCUCCUGACUCUGAGUAUCUUACUGUUAAAAAAAAUUA